GGCUAACUCAGGGUUUCAGACCAAGUACGAUAUUUGAAAGGACCUGCGUGUCACACACAAUCAAGAACAAACACCUAUCUACAUUCCAUAAGCAUAUAAACCAAGGAGCAACUCCCGACCUUCCACCCUUCACGAAAAAAUUGGAGGAUGACUUGGGCCUCUCCAUAUCAGGGGGGAUUGGAAAAACAUUUUCUCUACCCUAUUUAAGUCCACAACAAGCAAUAGUAUUCAUGAGAGCAACUACAAACGACUCUCAAGGUGGCACCACACUCCAACGAAGUUGA